GGCUGAUGGAACAUUAAAUUUUUGAAUUUUUUUUUAAUUACUUCGAGUGGGAGUCCGACUCUGAAUUUUCGAGUUCCUUGCACCCUUUUUCUCUCUCCGCGGCUGAUUAAAGAAUCUGAAGGCGACGGGGCUACGUUAUGGCGUCACCCGAAAAGAGCAACUGCGAGCUGCCGUCGGCAGCGAAUGAAGCUGAGGACGCUCCCGGAGAAUUGGAGAGGAUCACGCGUCAGCCCAUCUCAACUGUUCUCAUCAUUAUCGCGAUGCAGACGGAAGCUAUUCCUCUGGUCCACAAAUUCCAGCUCUCAGAGGACACUGAUGGAUUGUUUCCCAAAGGAGUUCCGUGGGUUAGGUAUCAUGGGAAGUACAAGGACUUGAAUAUUAAUUUGGUUUGGGCAGGGAAAGAUUCACUUUUUGGAGUAGAUAGCGUAGGCACAGUUUCAGCAUCUUUGGUAACAUAUGCUUCUAUACAAGCAUUGAAACCAGAACUUGUGAUCAAUGCUGGCACUGCUGGAGGUUUCAAAGCAAAAGGGGCAUCUAUUGGUGAUGUAUAUUUGGCAUCUGAUGUUGCUUUCCACGACAGAAGAAUACCAAUUCCUGUCUUUGAUCAGUACGGAAUCGGAGCUCGGCGUUCUUUCUGUACUCCUAAUUUGUUGAAGGAAGUCAACUUGAAGUUUGGUAGAUUAUCUACAGGUGAUUCUUUGGAUAUGUCUCCACAAGACGAGGGAGCAAUUUUGGGAAAUGAUGCUGUUAUCAAAGAUAUGGAAGGUGCGGCUAUUGCAUAUGUUGCUGACCUGCUUUCAGUGCCCACCAUCUUUAUUAAAGCAGUGACCGACAUCAUCGAUGGGGAGAAGCCAACUGCUGAGGAGUUCCUCCAGAAUCUGGUUGCAGUCACUGCUAACCUAGAUCAAUCCGUCACCCAGGUGAUAUAUUUCAUUAAUGGGAGGUGUCUCUCUGAUCUCUGAAUUAUGGAAGUCACAUUCUCUCUUUCAGUUUAUAUAUACUCUUCCAAUUCAUAACUUGUUGUGCUGGAUAAUUUAUAUUGUUUAUAUAUGGCUCAUCUGCGGUGCACUUUUCUGUGCAUUUUGAGAUCCAUUUGUGUUAUUACCUUUUCUUAUGGUUGAUAAAUCAUCAAGGCUCCCAUUUACCAUGCUUUUUCCCCCAUUUAUGCUGUUUUGAACGUU